GCAGAGCAGCAGCUGAGAGUCCAGAAGAGCAGUGAAGGCUGGGUUUGACAGUCUCAACUCGUGUGUGUGUGAGAACUUCAAGGAGAAAGUGAGCAGAGGGCCUUGUGGGGACUGGAGAGUGGUGGUGUGAAUUGUGACUAUGGGAAUAGAAGAUUCUGCCUGUUAAGAACUGGAGUCUGUACUGAAGCUGUGAAGACAAAAUAUCUAAAGCACAGAAAUCAUGGGAGCUGAAGAAGAAAUGCUCAUCACUCUGUCUGGAGGUGCCCCCUGGGGCUUCCGCCUGCAAGGGGGUUCAGAGCAGAAAAGACCCCUUCAAGUGUCAAAGAUUCGAAAGAGAAGCAAAGCGUGCCGUGGAGGCCUGUGGGAAAAUGAUGUUCUAGUAUCUAUCAAUGGGAAGUCAUGUGCUGGCCUGUCCCACGCUAAUGCCAUGCAGAUCAUCGAUUCCUCCAAUGGCAUGCUCAACAUCCGUGUGAAAAGGAUAGUUGGUGGGGACCAGACUGGCCCGUGGCUCCAGCGUUCCCCUUCUCCAGGGCAGCGAGUGCUCUCUCCACCAUCUGUGCCCACCCCCUCAGCACAGUUACUCAGCUCUGAACCAGCAGGAGCCCCAGCCACUACACAGCCCUCGCAGCCAUGGAGGUCACAGAGGCACCUGGAGAGCCUCACGUCCCCACCGGACAGCGAGGCCUACUACGGCGAGACAGACAGCGACGCUGACAAUGUGGCGCAGGAGAAGCACCGCCGCGCUCGCAAGAAGAGCCCACGCUCCCCACCUGACAGCACCACCGGCAGGGCGGACGCACCUCAGGACGAGGUGUCCCUGUCUGAACAGAGUGGCUACGAGAGCAUGCCGGAGGCUGCUGCGCAGGGAGGGGCAGAGCUGGCCGGCUCCAGCGGGGUGGCCAAGAGGGAGAUUGUCUGCCUGCCGGGCAGUCGCACAGACACUCCGUUCUCAGACAGCGAGGGACAGCUGCGGCCACCGUCAGCAGAGGGACGGGAGCCUUCUCCAGAGGCAAUGCUCCUGCCCCAUGCCACCAAGGCUAUCCGAGCGGAACGCCAUCUCAUCCCCAUGGUGGGGCCAGUGGAACAUCCCAUUGAUGAAGACCUAACCACCACUUAUACAGAGAAAGCCAAGCAGGCCAAGCUCCACCGCCACGAAAGCAUCCAGGAGAAGAAUGUGAAAGAAGCCAAAACCAAGUGCAGAACCAUUGCAUCCCUUCUGACAGAUGCACCCAACCCCCACUCCAAGGGGGUGCUGAUGUUUAAGAAACGCAGGCAGAGGGCUAAGAAGUAUACAUUGGUAAGCUUUGGCAGUGUUGAUGAAGACCGCUCCUACGAGGAGGAAGACGGAGUUUUUCCAACUAGUGAAUCUGAAUUUGAUGAAGAAGGUUUCUCUGAUGCCCGAAGCCUAACUAAUCACUCAGACUGGGACAACACUUACCUAGACAUUGAAAAAUCCAAAUCUGACUCUGAACAGAAGGAAGAGAAGCAAAAAGGUUUGAGUGAGGCCUCAGGUAAAGGAGCACGAUUAUUUGAGCAGCAGAGGGAACGGGCUGGGAAGUACACAGUUGAGAAAAGUCCAGUGCAGAAGAGCCCAGAGCCUGCCCCAGCUGCCCAGCCAAAGCAGGGCACAGUGAACGGAGAUAUGCCUGUGCCAGAGAAGGCAGACAACAUGCCCCUCAGCAUCCACCUGGAAGCUGUGCAAGUGCCCAGCAAGCAGCCAGCCACUGUCCCCACUCAGCUCCUGACUGCCCCCAGCCCCACUUUCUUCCCUCCUCCCCCAAGCACCCCCGACCCCUUCUCUGCAAGUUCAACAAGCAUGUUCAACAGGUCUGCACGGCCCUUUACUCCUGGCUUUUCUGGCCAGCGUCCAGCAACAUCCUCUGUCAUCUUUAGGCCACCUGCACCCAAAAAACCCACCGAAAAUCUGGGUGGGCAAAGCACAGUGGUUCCCCCUUUCUCACCUCUGGUUCCAGGAACACCAGCCAAUGCAGCAGUGCCAACACAGCGUGGUCCAGUCAGCUCCUCCACAUCUCUGUAUAUUCCUGCACCAGGAAGAUCAACAUCACCACUGGAGUCACAGCCAAAAGUGGGAGGAAGCGCUUCCGAGGUCAAGCCUUCUGCCAACACUGCCCGGACAUCUACCACCACCUCUAUCUUUCUUUCAACUCCCUCAAAGCCAGGAGGGGAUAUGGCCUCCGCAGCAUCCCAGCCACGGGUCCCUGGAACAGCCUCUUCUUCAUUGUAUAUUAGUCCAGCACCAUCACAGCACAUGAGAAGCAGUUCCCCUCUGCCAAAACAGCCUUCUCCUGCCAUCACUCCAGCAAUGCCACGACCUCCUUCAGAGCCCUUAACCUCCAGGGAGCAGAGGAUUUCUGUGCCAGCUCCCCGCACAGGCAUCCUGCAGGAGGCUCGUCGACGGGGCAACAAAAAACCCAUGUUCAGUAAGAUUGAGGAGAAGAAGAAGAAUUCACCCAACCCUGAGCUCCUGUCUCUGGUGCAGAACCUGGAUGAGAAGCCAAAGGGUGACCACCCUGCGGCAGGCUUUGAGUCUGGGCCUGAGGAGGACUUCCUCAGCCUGGGUGCUGAGGCCUGCAACUUCAUGCAGUCCUCAGGCCGCAAGUUCAAGACCCCACCUCCAGUGGCCCCCAAGCCUCAGCAAGAUGCUGGAUUGGUAAAUGGGGCCCAGGACAUGCCUCAGCUUAAAGGCAAGGGGGCAGAGCUCUUUGCCAAACGCCAGAGCCGCAUGGACAAAUUUGUGGUAGAAACAACACCGAAGCCAGAGUACAAGCCCAGGACCCCCUCUCCAUCCCCUUCUCUACCCUCAUGUUGGAAAUACUCACCCAACAUCCGGGCUCCCCCUCCCAUAGCCUACAACCCAAUGCAUUCCCCUUUCUAUCCCCUGGCAGCCAGCAAAUCUCAGGCUAGCAAAGCAGAGAGCAAAGUGAAAAAGGCACCUGGCCAGAAAUCAGGGAUCAAGGUCAUUGAUUUAAUGCGCCACCAGCCCUAUCAAUUGAAGUCAGCCAUGUUCUGUUUUGGGGAUCCCCCCAGCUCCAGCACUCAGAAUACUCCUGGUCAGCCAACCCCACAGGCUAGCUCAUCCUUCAUGGCAGCCAAGCAGGUCCCUGUGAAAAUAGCCAAGACCCAGGAGAUUCGUCGAUUCUCCACUCCGGCUCCCAUGCCAGCCUCCAGCAGCCUGGCACCCACUGUGCUUGUGCCCCGCUCGGCCACCACGCUGGAUGAGCCAUUGUGGAGAACAGAAAUGGCCUCUUCUGCCCCUGCUACACCAGCACCCUUCCAGGUGGAGCUCAGCCCCUCCCCUAAGCCAUAUCAGAGCUCCCCAGAGCCUGGACAGGUGGGACAGGGACCUCCUCCAAACUCAGCCUCUGCCUCUCGGUUUCAGGUGGCCAGGCCCAAAUUCUCUGCAGCAAGAACAGGCAUGCAGGCCAAUGUGUGGAGGCCAAGUUUUGGCCAUCACUGAGUCAGGCACCCCUCCCAUCCUGUCUGUGGCCCCACAGAGAUAGCGCUUGUUUUGUCUUUCAUGUCAGCUCGGUACAUUGGGAUGAGUGACACAAAAUGGAGGAAAAAAACCUGAAAAAAAUUACUGCCCUUCUGCACCACCCCCUUCCCCAGCCUCCCCUUGGUCUCAGAUGGGAUGCUUCAUGGAAAGGCUUACUGGCUGUGGCUACAGUAGGAGGAAGAAUGUGGAGAGAGGGCAUGUAUGUGGUACACAAAGACUGGGAAUUCGUACACAGCAGCAAAACCCAAGUCCAGAGGGGGUGAAUGGCAGAAAUUAUCUCACAUGGAGACAUACAUGAAGCAGUAGUUUUCCUUUCCCAAGGGCUUUGGAGUCACCCCUGCAUGGAAGGAAAGUAGGAGGCAAGAGCUUUCCAGGAAGAAAGGAUGAGAGGUGGGAUUACAGAGCAGAAGCCCCAGCUUUCCCAUGAGACUGUUUUGCUCUGAUCCUCCCAGUCUGUUCAUGUUCACUUGUGUGUGCACACACACAUGCACACAGCAACACUCAGCAGGGAGUGAAAGGACAAGUGGGGCCUCACCUGGGAUAUUUCUCCCAGAAUUCCCUCUGUGGGGGCAUGGGAAAGAAUGCAAGAGAGCAGAGUGAACAGUGGUGUUUGCCCAUGAACAUGUGGACAGUGUGGCCUGUGCCUGAGAGUGCCCAUGUGUGCCUGUUCCUCCAGUCACCAGGGCUUGGGGUAAAAGGAGAAUAAUCCUAGCUGGUAGUAAUUACCACUAUCAGGUCUGGAAAUAGUGUGCCAAAGAGGGGCUUUGAGGGGACUUGAUGGGGCUAUCACCAGCUGCAGGAACUGCAGAAGGAAGUAUCCAUUUUUGAAGAUACACAAAGUCAAAGCUAAGCUCAGGCUGUGUCUGGUUGGCAUAAAGGAAGGCCCUGCAGCAUCAGUCCCACUGAACAGGAUAUGGAUGCUGUAAGUAGAAAGGUGGAUUGCAUGGGAGGAGGUACAGUUGGCUUUAAAAUGAGGCAGGACUGAAUAUGCAUUUGUUCAUGAUCUUUUUAUUUAGUUUAGGACAGAAGUGGGGCUAGAUUAGAAAUGGGUCAUGACAUAAAACUUGCUGAAAGCUUUGUGAUGAGGGGAAAACAGAGGGCCUUUACAGAUAUUCUCAGCAUGGAAGUGGAGGUCAGGAAAACAUAAAGUCACAAGUAAAACUUCAUACAAGAUGACUUAGGUAUUAUUGUGGGGCCUAUUUGGUAAAAACUGUAGUGCUCUGAGAAUCCCAGAGGAUCUGCACUCAUACACACAUACAGAGUUCAGUUUGCUGCUGAUGCUGGGAAAACAGUACUGGUUAUUCCUUGAAUGUCCCAGGCUAGCCUCCAACUUAAUCUCUACACUACAGGCAUACAGGAAGAAAGCACUGCCUUCCCAAGGAAGAAUUCAGCAUUUCAGUAGGGACUGUGCAUGUGUGUGUGCAUGUCAUCUAUACUCUGGUUUACACACCCCCGGCCAUUUACUUUCUGCCUGUGAUCCUCCUUUGCCAGCAGCCACUUCUCCAGUGUGAUCCCACAAGUACACCAAGAAAACAUUGCUCCUGGAGCACUGGCUCCAAGCACAGCAGAUGCCCCAGCUCCAGGGAAGGGGUUUGCCACCUCUUUCCGGGUCAGGGUUGCCCAGGUUUUUGCAAAACCCAGAGGAAUGUGUACAGGAGGUGGAAUGAGGGUCUCAAAGCCCUGUCUCCCUUGAGACAAGUCUCUCUCUCAUUAGACUUGCACCUCUGCUUCAAGCAGCAGCCAUUCUCUGAUUGGACUGAGCACAAACUUCGGAUAUACAAAAGUGUAGGUUCUGGGGGGAGAAAAAAGGAAAAUGCAAGUGGGUCUGAAACUAUCUGUAUGCAGUGCAGCUAGUGUUGUUUCAUACUAAAUCUAAGCCAACCUUCCUCUGCACAGCAAGAGCUUAUGAUGUGUAGCUUUUUCAUGAUAGCUGGGGCUCUACUUUUUCUUGGAGGCCUGAAAGUCUUUCUCUGUGAGCACCUGGAGAUUUUUCAUGUGUGCUCUCCUAUGAAGAAAAUGAAGACUGGAAAACCUAGCCAGCACCUCUGAUCUCAGACAAGCUUGGAAGGGAGAGAAUGAGAGAAAAGGAGAAGUAAUUCACAAUUCUGCCUUUGAAUCCUUCACACUCUGGCUGGAUUUUUUUGCACGCCUGUGUUUGCAGUGCACAUUCCUAGUGGCCCUGAAACAUAUCAUGAGCAUGCUGGGAAGAGAGGAGAACAGAACUUACAACUUACUUGGCACACUAUCAACUGUGGGAGAGGAUUGUAAGAAAAGCCAUGGGAAUACUUUAGAUUAAUGGACAAAGGUGAGGCUGAGUCAGAAGGGAUGCUGCAUCUGGUUGCAUCACAUAGGAGUAGCCAACCUGAAUUGAUGAGGAGACUGUGUCCCUGAAAAGCCCCAGAGAGGAUGUCUUAGGAGAAAUCAUCACUGCAGAGUUAAUUCAGAUCACCAGAAUCCAUUUAGCUCCAGUGAAAGGGAGCAGCCAUGCUAUAAAACAGAUGAUUGCUUUCUCACUCAUCCUGUACUGCAUUGCAUUGCCAGUGUUUCUUAAAAAAAAGCUUAAAAAAAUGAUCAAAAACCAAAAAAAACAAAAAAAAAACCCAAAAAACAAACAAAAAAAACCCCCCAACCCCCCCCCCCCCCCAAAAAAAAAAAAAAAAACAACAAAACCAAAAUCAAAAAACAAAAGACCUAUGUGCAAACUGAACCUCUGUGACUCUUCCCAAACAUGGAGGGAGGAAUCUUAUAUUUUACCUAGGAAAGCUCUACAAAGGAACUCAAGAAGUAGCAGUGCUCCAAAAGCUUUGUCUCUCACCUUGUGGAGUGUUGUCUGUCCCUGGCUAGUGAUUUAAGCCAUUAGCCUUAGACAGACAAGCUAGCCCAGGCUGAAAGCAUUACCAAACUCAGGUGUAGAAAGGGGUUGUGUGGACCAGAGGAAGGGUGCUCAACAUAAUUCUGCAGUCAAGAAAUAACCUCAGAAAGUUUGAAUCUUACUCCAGUAUCCCUUUCCCUCAGGCCCCUAAAGUUAAGUGCUCUCAGGGCCUGAAAGUCUCAGGAAAUUCAUUUUGCCAUGGGAAAAAUAGAGAAGUCUGGCCUUAGUAUGUAAGGGAGAUUGCAUGGGUUUAGUAUUUUAGUGAUCCCACUCCAGAUUUCUGGGAGACAAUGAUUUCUGCUGAGGACUGAUUGCCAAACACCAUUCAAGGUUAGAUACCAUGAUCCAAGUGAGUGGAAUAAAUGCAUUUGCCCCAUCAUUUCUGAUAAGUAAUGGGCAGAAAAUGAAAAAUUUAGGUUUGACUUAUAUUAAAUAUAAGAGCAAGGAAAAGAACCAGGAGGCUGGAAAUCCUGCAUUUUACUUACAUCCUUGCUUCAAAGCUAUGUUUCGAAGCAAACUCAAAGUAUUUUAAUGGAUUUCAGCCCCUCAUAAACUUUUCUGGAUCCUAUGCUGACACAGGACUGAUCUGCAGAAGCAGAGGCUGUUGCAGAUGAGGCCUACAGUGCUCAUAGUGUAUCCCAAAUAAAGCCUGUAGCUGCAAGUAGCAUGAGAUGAGAAAUAAUACUGGGAUGCAUCUGUUAAGUUUAAAAGAAGAAAACUGAUCUACUGCUGGCUUUAAGCAGCUCUGCUAAUGUUUGCUCAUGAAAAUACUGUGGCUGGACUGUUAGAAAGGUCACAGGUGAGGUUACAAGGAAUACUUUUGAAACGUAAGCUUGUCUUGAGCCUUUCCAAAUGUCUAAUUCCUCAGCUGUUGAACAAGCACAGACAUAAACAGUUGUUUGACAAGUUUUAGCUCCCACCUGCUAAGUUAUACGCUGCAGUGGUAGGCCAAACCCCAGUGCUCCCUUGUUAAGUAUUUGAAGAUGUCUUCAUGGGCUCUGAUUAAAACUGCCUAUCAUCCCUCCUCUCUAGCAUGCUGCAGGCUACACAUUGCAGAUAUGGCAAUUCAGGGGUUUUAUCUUUGCUUCAGAAGUAACAGUCCCUUCCCUCUUAAUAUAUGGGAACACUUACCAGAGAUAACCUCAAGAUCCUGCAGCACCUGGGAGGAAGCACCUCAGAAGAGACUGGUGUGAUGAGGAGUCACUGACACCAGACAUGAGCACAGUGUGAGGCAAGUUUGUUCCUCAUAAAGAAUAUGCUCCCUUUCUGGUGUAACAUCCAGCACACCUACUAAACCCUUUUCCUAGAAGAGACCCAUCAGUGCUCUGAAAAUGGGAGCCCAGCAGCAGUGCUCUGUCUGGUGAAAGAUGUGACCCCAGAUGAACAGAGUUGGCAUCUUUGUUUAUGAAACACCUUUUUUCCUUUUCUGUUUUGUCUUUUUUUUUUUUCCAAUUUAAAAUCACUUUCUAUUUGUUUGUGCAGAGAAAUAAACUUGUGAUAUGCACUUUA